UGAAGUCCUACCGUAAACUCGCGAAACACCGGAUCAAGUCUUUCUUCUCCAGAGAAUCCUCUCAUAUCCUUCUCUCUCCUUCUUCAAUCUCUCUCUCUCUCUCUCUCUCUCUCUCUAAACUUGUCCGUGCAUGCUCUCCUUGUACUCUUCCUCCAGUCCAUGGCCAAAGCCCGCGCUACCAGACGCAACCUAGACUCCUUCACUGUCAAAUCCAUCAACAAAAUCAUCCGAGCCGGUGACUGCGUUCUAAUGCGCCCCUCGGACUCCUCGAAGCCGUCGUACGUGGCGCGGGUGGAGACGAUCGAGGGCGACAGCAGGGGCGCCAACGUUAGGGUUCACGUCCGGUGGUACUACCGGCCGGAGGAGUCGAUCGGAGGCCGGCGGCAGUUCCACGGUUCGAAGGAGUUGUUUUUGUCUGAUCAUUAUGACCUGCAGAGCGCUGAUACGAUCGAGGGGAAGUGCACGGUGCACACCUUCAAGGGGUACACGAAGCUCGAUGCGGUCGGGAACGAGGACUUCUUCUGCCGUUUUGAGUACAACUCGUCCACUGGUGCUUUCGAUCCCGAUAGAGUUGCCGUGUACUGUAAGUGUGAGAUGCCCUACAACCCUGAUGAUCUAAUGGUCCAAUGUGAAGGUUGCGCAGAUUGGUUCCACCCAACUUGUAUUGACAUGACCCCAGAGGAAGCCAGAAAACUUGACCACUUCUAUUGCCUAAAUUGUUCAUCUGGAGAUAAAAAGAAGCUGCAAAACUCUCAUGCUACGUCCAGGAAAACAGAUACGAAGCUCUGCAGAGCUGGUGGGGAGGAAAUCUUAGCCUCCUCAAAGAAAGAUUAUGUCACAAAAUUACUGAAGGACCUGUUCGAGAAGAUAACCAAAUCUGAUUAUCUUCAUGAACAUUGAAGGCACUUAAUGAAGAGAAGGCUAUUCUAGAACUUCUUUUAAUUAAGUAAUCUUAUUAGUAUUUUUUUUGGUUUUUAAAUUAAGUCAUGUUAUUAGGCUCUUCUGGACCUUCUUGUUAACAUUAUUCUCUCUCUAAACUCUCACAGUUGCUACAAUUUAGAUAUAUUUUGUUUCACACCGAGUUUGGCCCCUUUCGCCUUUAAAUGAAUGGAUUCUAAAUUGGUUGGUGGAAAGUCUGGCCCUUUAUUUAGUUUUAAUCCUCGGGGUGAUAGAUUUUUUUUUAUAAAAAAAAAUAUAGGCAUAAAGGGAAUGCCCGAUGCCAACCGAGUACAAAAAGAUAGGCCAUUGGCAAAAAGGCCCUAACCACUGCUACGGACCACAAUCAAGAAGGGCUUCCUUCUUUUGUCUUCUCAACUAUACACAAAAAAUAAACCAAAAUACUCUAAGCCUGCACAGAACUGUGCCCGCCAUAAAAAAGCCUUUUGUUCCUUUCUCUCCAUAUAAUCUACAUCACGCACAAUGGGAAUCUUUCUUCUUUUUUUCCCAACUCGAGCCCCACUCCAACCUUUAAGAACAUCUUUCACAGAUACCAAGAAAACACAAUAGAUGCCAAACCAUGUGGGCUGAAGACCAUAACUCCCUAGCUAUAGAACAAUGAACAACGAUCACCAUCCUGCAGACACAUGCAACACCAAUUAACCAUCACCAUCUUAUGCCGAAUAAGAAUGUCAAUUGUUAGGAUUUUAUUUUUAGUUGCAACCAUGUAAAAAAAGACCUUAGACGGCGCACCAGUAACCUAUGUAGCACAGACACUCCUAGAGGUUGGCAUGUCCCCGUGUCCGACAAGGAGACAUGCGGGGGCCACGGAAAAAUACAUAUGGCGUGUCCAAUAAAUUUAAUUAACUUUUUUAGGGGGAGACAUGGGAUGGACAUAGCAAGAGUUAAAUAUGCAAAGAAAAUUUUAAAAUUUUGGGGGGUAAAUGUGUAAUUGCCUCAAAUAUUUUGGAAUAAAUAUUUUGUUUUACAAUGUAUAUAUAUGAUGCUUGCUAUAAAUAUUGAAUCUUCAAGCUUAUACGCCUUAGUGUUUUAAAAAGUGCGCGCUAUGGCGCAAGGCAUGCGCUUUCAAAGAUGUGGGCUAUAGCGCCGAACCCUAAGGCGCGCGAAAGGCGCUAAGGCGAUCGCCUUUCAUCAGUGAGCCAAAAAUCAAAUCUGACGGCUCUCACCCAUACAUAACAUGUUCGUGAUGCACUGAAUAAUUCUUUCUUUUAAGUCGAUUUCAACCCUAAUCAAUCAUACCCAGCAGAGCAGCUUUUGCUCCUCUUCUUCUUCUUCUUCUUCUUCUCACGUUUCUGUUUUUUUUUUUUUUCCUUCUUCUUCUUCUCCUCCUCCCACGUCUCUGUUUUAUUUUAUUUUUUCUGUCCCUUCCAUAAUAGAAAAUCAAAAUUUCAUAUUAGUUAGGCUGUAGAAAAUCGAAAUCGAAAUUUCUGUCCCUUCCACGUCUCUGUAUGCCGCCUCUAGAUUUUAUUGCCUUUAAUCCUUAUGUUUAUGUCUAAGGCUAAACAUUAUUAUGUUAGCUUUUCAUGGAUGAUAUGUUGUGUUUAGUACGUUUAACCAUUGACAUGUUAUGUUCUAUGACAUUUGAAAGUUUUACAAGUGUGUGUUUGUGUUGAAAACUUGUUCUAAUAAAAUUUGCCUCACUGCGAAAGAAAAAAA